AUGAAGGACUUGCCGGAGAAUCGCCGGCACUCUUCUUCCGAUUCAUCUACUUCGAGCGAUUGCUCGGUUAGAUUGGAGCCUGAUCAAGGUGCUGGGAGCGUUAGUACUAGCAAGGACGUUGAGGAAAGUACCGGUGUUGUAUCCAAUGGAGUUUCCGUUAACAACGGUAGCGGUAGUUCUUCAACUUCAGGCAUUCCAAGCAGGGGGUUGCCCAAAGUGACCACAUUGCCGGUAGAUAUAUCCCAUGGAGAUAAAUUAGAGUCAAGUCCAAGUAAUUUUAAGUUGGAAAGGUCAAAAACAGAGAGACAGAGGCAUCUAAGGCCUGAGGAGGCAGCACAAAUUUUUGAUGACAAAUGUCCUGUACAGGAAAAGCUUAGAUUGUUGAACAGAAUAGCUACUGUAAAAGAUGACGGAACUGUAGAAUUUGAGGUUCCAAUAGAUGUUGAAACUGAAGUUCUUGGUGCUAGAUCCAAUCAUGUAAAUAACGUUAUUGAUGAUUCACUUGGUACAACAGACCUUGAUUACAUUCCUCCAUUGAAUGUAGUGAUGCUUAUUGUUGGUACACGGGGAGAUGUACAACCAUUUGUUGCAAUCGGAAAACGCUUGCAGGACUAUGGUCAUCGUGUUAGAUUAGCAACUCAUUCCAAUUUCAAGGAGUUUGUUUUGACGGCUGGGUUGGAGUUUUAUCCGUUAGGGGGCGAUCCAAAAGUCCUUGCUGGUUAUAUGGUUAAAAAUAAGGGUUUUCUGCCAUCAGGACCCUCUGACAUACCUACCCAGAGAAAUCAAAUGAAAGAAAUUAUUAACUCUCUGCUUCCUGCUUGUAAAGAACCUGAUAUUGAUUCUGGUGUCCCCUUUAAAGCAGAGGCAAUCAUUGCCAAUCCCCCAGCAUAUGGGCAUACCCAUGUUGCAGAGGCCCUAAAAAUUCCAAUUCAUAUUUUUUUCACAAUGCCUUGGACGCCAACAACUGAAUUUCCUCAUCCUUUGUCUCGUGUAAAGCAACAAGCUGGUUAUAGGCUUUCGUAUCAAAUAGUUGACUCGUUAAUUUGGCUUGGAAUACGAGACAUGAUUAAUGAUCUUAGGAAGAAAAAGUUGAAGCUACGGCCUGUCACAUAUUUAAGCGGCUCACAAGGUUCUGAAACUGACAUUCCUCAUGCAUAUAUAUGGAGUCCUCAUCUUGUUCCUAAACCAAAAGGUGGUUACUUUAAAUCAUAA